ACUUUACUUUCAACAACAGCCACAUAACGUUUAGGGCAAAGAUGCAGACUAACGUAUAGUUCAGGCUCGGGAAGAAGGAAGGCGAGAAUUGCUUGAAACGGAGAAGAAUCCGUCAUCAGCGUGUCCUUUUGGACAUUAUUCAUUGGUGUGAAGAUGCGGCUUCCAUGUGUCACUGUUUUUCUCCUCGCAGUCUUCUUGAGCAUAGACGAGAGUACAGCUAAGGGUGGAUGCUCAGGGUCCUCAUGUGGUGGUUGUGACUGCAGCGGUGUUAAAGGGGCAAAGGGUGAGGUUGGGCUCCCUGGUUUGAUGGGCCUUGUUGGGUUUCCUGGAAUGCAAGGUCACGAGGGCCCUCCAGGGUCAAUGGGGCCAAAGGGAGACAAAGGGGAGACAGGAGCACCAGGAAUUAAAGGAAGCAGAGGCCAACCUGGUCAAGCUGGUUUCCCAGGACGCCCAGGAAUUCCAGGUCUUCCUGGUCUAGAAGGAGCUCCUGGACCUCAAGGAAUCCCAGGCUGUAAUGGAACAAAGGGGGAGCGAGGUUUUGAUGGGAUCCCAGGUAUUACGGGAUUGCUGGGACCACCGGGUAUACCAGGUAUUAAGGGAGGAAAGGGUGAUCCAGGUGGUGUUAUUGGAUUACCCAUCCCUCUAAAAGGAGACAGAGGCUUGCCAGGACAACACGGUUUCCCAGGUCAAAAAGGUAAUCCUGGACAACAAGGGCCGGUUGGUCCACCUGGACCUUUUGGACCUCCGGGAAGACCAGGUGAUCCUGGACAAAAAGGAGAGCCGGGUGACAAGCUGACAUUUAUUGGUGAGAAAGGAGAAAAGGGACAAAGAGGUUUAACCGGCCCCCCAGGUCCACCAGGAAGGUCAGAGGAAUACGAAGGCCCUGCCACAACACAUUAUCUUCCUGGACCACCGGGUGAGAUAGGCACUAAAGGAGACAAAGGAGACGAAGGUUCUUGUACAGCACAUCAGCAUGGAAUAAAAGGUGAACCAGGACCACCAGGGCCAAUAGGGAAACCAGGGAAAGAUGGACAAAGUGGAGAAAAGGGGGAAAUCGGCUUCCCUGGUAAUCCUGGGUUUGAUGGCUUCAAGGGUGACAAAGGAGAAAGAGGACCACCAGGAUAUGGUGCUGGUUCUCCUGGCCCUCCUGGCCCUCCUGGCCUCCCUGGAGCAGAAGGAGAAACAGGUUUUCCUGGAGAGCCAGGAGUUCCUGGUCCCCCAGGCAGAUAUAUCGAGGGUCCUCCUGGAAUACCUGGCUUCCCUGGAGAGAUUGGCAAGAAAGGAGAUAAAGGAGCCGAUGGACUCUCUUUUCCAGGUCCCAAAGGAACUGAUGGGCAACCUGGCCCACCCGGACCGCCAGGACCUAUCAAUGAAAAAUGUGAUGCUACAAAAGGAGCUCCAGGCCCUCCGGGACCUCCAGGAUUGCAAGGAGAGGUGGGACAGAAAGGUGAUCAAGGCGAAACAUGCACAGAGUGCAAUGGUUUUGGCCCCCCUGGUUUGCCCGGUCCUCAAGGUCCAAAGGGUCUGCAAGGUUUUCCUGGACCAGCAGGUAUUAAAGGCGAGAAGGGUUUGCCAGGACCCAGUGGGCCAGCUGGAAAUGCUGGUUUUAAUGGUGCUCCAGGUUUAAUGGGUAAACCUGGUGCUCAAGGUGAACCUGGUGAUAUAUUUGUGGCUCCUGGGCUGAAGGGAGAUAAGGGCUUACCUGGUACUACUGGAGACAGAGGAUUCCCGGGAGUUGAUGGGCUCCCAGGAAAGGAUGGACGACCAGGACAUCCUGGAACCAAGGGAGAGCCUGCUACAUUUGGAAUUAAGGGUGAUCGUGGCCCAGAUGGAGAUUUUGGAGUUCCUGGCCCUCCAGGUGAGAGAGGUCCCCCAGGUGAACCAGGUAUAGGUCGGCCAGGUCAACCUGGAGAUAAGGGCUCUGCAGGAUUCCCUGGUGCACAAGGAAGGCCAGGACUACAAGGAGCUAAAGGUGAAGCUGGUAAAGUCAUAAGUUUACCUGGGCCUCAGGGUGCCCCAGGGCCUCGUGGAGAGAGUGGUAGACCUGGUCUUCAAGGUGAUAGAGGAUUUCCAGGUGAACGUGGGGUUCCAGGAUUCCCUGGAGAAAAAGGUGACCCUGGACUGCCAGGAAUUGGACUUCCAGGACCCCCAGGGCCAAAGGGGUACUCUGGGAUUCCAGGACCGAGUGGAAUUCCAGGAGAGUCUGGUGAACCAGGUCAGGAUGGCUUGCCUGGUCGCGCAGGAACACCUGGUCAAAAAGGUGAACCUGGCAGGGGUCUUCCUGGUCCUAAGGGUACUACAGGUCAACCUGGAGUGCCAGGAUUUCCAGGGGAAAAGGGUAAUACUGGAAUGCCAGGGGUUCCUGGAACAGAAGGACAUACUGGGCCACCUGGACCUCAAGGACUUAAAGGUAACCCUGGACCACCUGGUGUCCAUGGUGCACUUGGGCCACCAGGUCCUCCAGGACUUGGAGAACCUGGAGCUCCUGGACCAAUGGGGCCACCUGGAGGCCCUGGACCCACUGGUCAGACUGGAAUAAAGGGUGAUAAGGGUUAUCAAGGACUACCUGGUUUGGACAUGCCUGGCCCUCCAGGAGACAGAGGUAGCCCUGGUGUUCCAGGUCUACCAGGAUCAAAAGGUUUGCCUGGGCAACCAGGAGUUCCUGGAAAAGAUGGCUUUCCUGGUGAACGUGGCCCAAAAGGAGAAAUGGGCAUCAUGGGAAUAGCAGGACCACCUGGAUUUCAUGGUUUAGUUGGAAACCCUGGAGAUCCUGGGCAAAAGGGUGACCCAGGUGUGCCUGGGAUCAGAGGAGUCUUUGGUGAUUUAGGCACCAAGGGUGAGAGAGGAGAGCCGGGUCUACAGGGGCCACCUGGAAAUAUGAGUGAUGUGGACAUGGAGCACAUGAAAGGGGAUAAAGGAGACAUAGGAGACAGAGGUGAUCCUGGUCCUACUGGAGAAAAGGGGUUUCCUGGAACAUCUGGUGACCCUGGUAUGCCAGGAAAAGAUGGGAUGCCAGGGUCACCUGGACAGCCAGGUGAUAAAGGAGACCCUGGAAUCAUUGGAAAGCCAGGAAGCACUGGAGAACCUGGAGACACAGGUCCUAGAGGAGACAUGGGAUACCCAGGUUCAAUGGGUCCAAAGGGUGUUAAAGGUGUUGGUGGUUCACCGGGUCACCAUGGUUUUAAGGGGACUGAUGGCUCCAAAGGAGAUAAAGGAGAUCCCGGUGAACCAGGAAUAGGAAUACCCGGUCCCCCUGGCACAAAGGGAAAUAUAGGCUCCCCUGGAUUCCCUGGCGAGCCUGGAGAGAAGGGACAAAAGGGUACAAUGGGUAUGCCAGGAACUCCUGGAACUCAAGGACAUAAAGGAGACCAAGGAUCGAUUGGUUACCCAGGCAGUCCAGGGAAGCCUGGUGAGAAAGGUGUUGGAGGGUUGCCAGGGUCCCCAGGAGAACCUGGGACUCCAGGACGUCCAGGUGAGCCUGGUCUACAGGGUCCUCCAGGUCCCCAUGGGGAAAAAGGUAAAUCUGGGCAAGAUGGCAUUCCUGGAUUCACUGGAGAGAGAGGGGAGCCCGGUGUACCUGGGAGAGGAUUGCCCGGAUCUCGUGGAGAACCUGGCGGCAAAGGUGACAAAGGCAACCCUGGUCUUCCUGGCAUUCCCGGCAGUCCAGGUAUACCGGGAACCAAAGGUGAUAAGGGUCUGUCAGGAUUCCCAGGGGAUCAAGGUCGGCCUGGGGAGAGAGGACUUCCAGGACAAGCCAUGGAGGGGCCUAAAGGGGACAGAGGAGGCCAGGGGCAGCCAGGAGAAAAAGGUGUGACUGGUGAACAAGGUCCACCUGGAACUCCAGGAAGUGCUGGAUCGAAAGGAGAAAAGGGAGAUGUGGGCUUCCAAGGUGCACCAGGCUCUCAGGGUUAUAAAGGAGACAAAGGUUUCCUUGGCGUUUCUGGUGAGCCUGGGUUGCCUGGUUAUAAUGGACCAAAGGGUGAGAUGGGACCACAGGGUGUUCCUGGUUUCCCUGGUACAAAGGGUGAACAAGGAGUGAUUGGUUCUAAGGGUGAAGGAGGUGACAGAGGAUUCCCAGGUCUCAAAGGUAGUGAAGGUCCCCCUGGACCCCCUGGGCCACACACAUUUAUAAAGGGAGAUCCAGGUCCUCCAGGACCACAGGGUCCCCAAGGUCUAAUUGGAAUUCAAGGCUUCCCUGGGACGAAAGGACAACAGGGUGUGAUGGGACUUCAGGGUUUAAAAGGAAGCGAUGGGACACCUGGCUAUAAUGGACAUCCUGGGGCCAAAGGAGAGCCUGGACAAACUGGACCCCCUGGGCCCAGAGGGUACCCCGGACCGCCAGGGCCUGAUGGUAUCCCAGGUCACAUCGGCCCUCCAGGCCCUUCCUCAAUGGACCACGGCUUCCUUGUAACUCGCCACAGUCAGACUAUUGAUGUUCCAUAUUGCCCACAGGGAACGACGCCAAUCUAUGAUGGAUAUUCACUGCUUUAUGUCCAGGGCAAUGAAAGGUCACAUGGGCAAGAUCUAGGUACAGCUGGUAGUUGCUUGAGGAAGUUCAGCCCAAUGCCGUUCCUCUUCUGUAACAUCAACAAUGUUUGCAACUUUGCGUCUCGUAAUGACUAUUCCUACUGGCUGACCACUCCAGAGCCCAUGCCCAUGAGCAUGGCCCCCGUCACAGGCGAGAGCAUCAAACCCUUCAUCAGCAGAUGUGCUGUGUGUGAGGCUCCGGCUAUGGUUAUAGCUGUGCACAGUCAGACCAUACAAAUUCCAAACUGUCCUGAUGGGUGGGCUUCACUCUGGAUUGGAUACUCUUUCGUUAUGCAUACGAGCGCUGGUGCUGAGGGCUCCGGUCAGGCUUUGGCUUCUCCUGGCUCUUGUCUUGAAGAGUUCCGCUCGGCUCCCUUCAUCGAGUGUCACGGUCGCGGCACCUGCAACUACUACGCCAAUUCCUACAGCUUCUGGUUAGCCACCAUAGAAGACAGCGAUAUGUUUACGAAACCUGUCCCUGCAACGUUAAAGGCCGGAAGUCUACGAACUCACAUCAGCAGGUGUCAAGUGUGCAUGAAGAGGGUAUAAUCCAGCCUCAGUACUCUUUCUCUUCCAGUUUAAUGAACAAAACAACUAAUGUACUGUUUGGUGCUACUUCUAUGAAAGCCAUAGAAAAACUUCAAGAACACAUGCAGAAAAACACAUAUACGUCUCUACAUUUAUAAGCAAUGGAACCUCAAAGAUCUCCCGGCACAUUUGCUUCAUUCAAAAAAAAGUGUUAACUAACGCCGUGCCAUCGUGUCUAAUGAAUGACGCCUGUUUACACUUGCACUGAGUAUAUGUAUUAGUAAGCAGGUAACCAUCUUCCAAAACAUUAUGAAUUGGACACGUUUCCGUCCAACACUCUUUAUGUAUUUCAUUUCAUGUUUAUUUAUCAUGCCACUCAACGAUAUCAGAUGCCGGUAUCUUUUUUUCUCUCUAAAAAAAUGUAUAAUCAAAUAACACUAACGUUAUGGAAUUGGAGGAUUGUUUGUUUUUCCUACUUCGCCGUCACCUUGUUAGCACCGUCUUUUAUUUGAUGUAGGAAAGGCAAAGAUCAAGCUUAUUGUUGUAAAUAUAAUGCUCUAUUUAGUUAUCUAACACUCUGUCGCCAUAAUCUCUUCAGGUAAAUACAAUUGAUUCUGUUCUACUUCAUUAUUUAUGAAAACUUAUGAGAGUUUAAGCACCAAGGGGCCUUUUCCUUUCUACUUUGAUUUCUCUCUGUGUAACCACUGCAGAAGACCAUGUCAUGGCACAUAAACUGUAAUAUUCGGCGCUGUUUCUUUUGUGCAUCGGCGAAUGGCUUUUAGACUGAAACCUGGCGUGUUUGGAUCCUUGUUUUUUAUGUAUAUGCUUGCUGAUAUUUCCUUGCAGCUGUGGCUGUUCACAUUUCUUUCAUCGCUGAAAUGUUUCAUUAAGCUUGUCAUAGCCAAAAUACAGAAAAAACAAUAGCGCUUAGGAAUAUUUAGCAUUGUUUUACACUGCAAAAUAUGCUUUUUAUACUUGUUUUCAGAAUUAUUAAAGCAACACACCACUUUUUCUCUGAAGCAACUGGCUCAUAUAAUAUGCUCAUUUAAAAAAGAACCUCAUCUAGAUUUAAACAGUUGAGUUUUACCAUUAUUAAAUACAUUUAGUCGAUCUCUGGGUCUGGCGGGAGCAUUUUUAGCUUAGCGUAGCAUAGAUUUUUAAAAAUCUAAAAAGUUGAUAAUUUUCCUAUUUGUAGUUACGUUCUGUACUAUGGCUAGGAACUAUACUCUCAUUUUGGCAUAAAAACUAAAGGAACUUUCCUGCUGAAGCCAUUGACUGCAGUAGGAGCAAUGAUAUUACGUUUCGCAAAGAUAACGCUGCUUAAUAUCAUUACACCUGUUGCAGUCAUGGUACAACAGCAAAGAACUGUACCAUGUUGUACAUGAUGUACCUACAGAAGAGUUAAAACUUGAAUAGGACAUUUUCAAAACUCAUUUUGAGCAUUUUUGAGCAAGAUGCUAAUGGUCUAAUUCGAUUCAAUGAUUUAUGCUAAGCUAAGCUAAAAGUCUUCCCCCCAAACAUUAUUUUGACAUUAUUGGCCGAAUACAUUAAAAAAUGGCAAAACCUAACUGAUUAACUCUAGAGCAGUUGUAAAAUUUCCAAAUAUUAAGUGAGAUUAUCUGUAUUGUUUAAUAGUUUUUAUUAUCUUGUAUUAUUUUAAAAUAAACUGGCAGUAUUGUAAGUAAAAUAAUCUUUCAAACUGAAAAAACAAGAAUAUUUUACUUUCCUCAUUGACAGGUUAUUUAGCUUAGUUUAAGGAAUACCCACCUUAUUUUGAUGUAUUAUUCCUGAAAACAAAACAACAACUAGAAAAAGUAAGAAUUUUUAGAUAUUUGGACUAGAAACAAUGCAAAAACUCGAAGUAAGAAAAGCUUUUUUGCAGUGUACUACAAAUACCACCCCCCAAAAAACUGGUUAUUGUAGUUAUUGACUACAAACUAUCAAUGGUUUGGCUACACUAAGCAUAGUUUCAUUCUAAAACAUUUGUAGUUAAACUAUGUUCAUACAUGGUUAUCAAUCUACCAAAACACUUUUACUAUAAUAAAACCCUGGUUCAUUUUUGCUAGGGUGGUGUCAUUUGAACCGUUUCCUACAGACUUCCUACAGAACAAAUCAAACUUGUUCCCAUUCACAUAUAGAUAUUUAUAGUCCUUUCUAUGUCUGUUUAAAGCUCCAGUCAGAAUAAUCCAAUGCUGAACACACCCAAGUGCGCUAGGAAGCAGGGAUGGUGCUAGCCUUUUUACUAAGGCAUGAGCAGCAGUUACGUAAAUACCGCUGUAUCCUUGUGUCAGUGAAUAUUACGAUAUACCAGCCAAUCAAUUUUUCAUAUCACAUUUCAUCAUAUAAAUUACAGGUGUCAAACUCAGAGGGCUGCAGAUCUUCACUGUUUAGUUCUAACCCUAAUUAAACACACCUGAUUAAACUGGUUGAGUCCUUUAAGCUUGUUUGAAACCUACAGGUAAGUGAGUUGGGUUGGAACUUAACUGUGCCAGGCUGCAGAGUUUGACACCCCUGAUUUAAAGGAACACUUUUUAAUUCGGAAGUAUGUAGGCUCUAAGUCACCUAGGGUUAAACAGUUGAGCAUUGGCAGUUUAAAUCCAUUCAGGCAAUCUCUGGGUCUGGCGGGAGCACUAUUAGCUUAGCAUAGAUCAUUGAAUCAGAUUAGACCAUUAGAAUCUCACUCAAAAACAAUGAAGAAAGUCAAUAAUUUUCACAUUUAAAGCUUGACUAUUCUAUAGUUACCUUGUGUACCAAGACAGACAACAAAUCAAAAUUUUCUUUUGAACUUAUUGAGUGAGAUGCUAAUGGUCUAAUCCAGGGAUCACCAAUCUCAGUCCAGGAGGGCCGGUGUCCCUGCAUGGUUUAACUCCAACUUGCCUAAACACAGCUGCCUGGGUGUUUCAAAUAUACCUAGUAAGACCUUGAUUAGCUUGUUCAGGUGUGUUUGAUUAGGGUUGGAGCUAAAAUCUGCAGGAUACCGGCCCUCCAGGAACAAGUUUGGUGACCCCUGGUCUAAUCUGAUUCGAUGAUUUAUGCUAAGCUAAGCUAAAAGUGUUUCUGCCAAACCUGGAGAUCGACUGAAUGGAUUUAAAAAUGGUAAAACUCAACUGUCUAACUCUAGAGAAGUUGUAAAAUGAGCCUAUUUUUUUAUAAAAGAACAUGUUCCUUUAAGUCAUCUUGGUUUCUGUCAGCUGUUUAAGGAUGCUAGAUUCACAAAUUAAUCGCUAUUUGAUCUAAUCUUCGUGAACCAAGACUUACACUAGAACAAUUAGCUUAUUGAAUGAUUAGAAAUAGAUUUUUAUACUAAAUUGGUCAUUUUAAGAACAUAAAUUAACAUUAUUAAAACAAUAAACACUUGAAAUGGAUAUUUAGCCAAGCUACUGUCCACUGAAGAAAACAAAAUAUUUGUUUGUCAGUGAGCGACAACCAUGUAUCCUACAGCUUUAUAAUGACUGCAGUUGAAGAACAUUUAAAUCCAAAAGAAUUAUUGAAACAGAGCAUCAGUAUUUGUCAGGAAAUUUGUCAUUCUGUUCAAAUCAUGUUUGUUGACUCACUCAGUUAAAUGGGUGGUUCAAGGGGUGAAUAUUGAUGUGGUUUCAAACCUUUAUUAGUUUAUUUCUUCUGUUGAAAACUAAAGAGCUAGAAACCUUGGAGCCAUUGACUUUCAUACUAUGGAAGUCAAUACAUUUUGGGGUCUCUUACAUCUCUUUAACUUGAACUCAGCAAACUUACCAUAACACAACUUUCUCUUCACUUCACAAAAACAAUUCUGUUUGAAAUAUGUUCCUUCCUGUGUUUCUUUUUUAAUUUGCCCAGCAUCGUACCGCGUAUCGAUUUUCCUAUGUUGUGAUUUUCUUUUGUCUUAAUUCCUCUGUUAGCAGAGGACCUGCACAAUUCCCCAUUUACACAGUGAAAUUGUUGCUCAUGAUGAUUAUUAUACUUAUUUUUUCUUUCAUUUUACACUGAUAAUACUUGACUAUGCAAUCAACACUACUUGGUUUAACGAAACCGUCCCUGCUUUUGACCUUUUAGUUCAUCUAAUUGUUCCAAUGUUUUAGUUUCUAGUUGUGUUUAAAUUUUUUAAAGUGCCUUACAUGAAUUUCGGUGUGAAGAUCCCACACACUGACCUCGCACACACACUUUGUGGCCCAUGAAGAAUUAACGACCCUUGCUUUGGAAUAUGUCGAUUAAUACUGAGUUUUUUCAUUGCCAGAUGAUUUCAGUGAUGCCCCCCCAUUCUUAUACUGUGUCAAAAUAAAAUGUUUGUAUAAA